AUGAUUUGCAGAUGUCCUAACAUUUGGAUGUACCUUAUAACAGAAGGGCUAUUAUUGGUACUUAACAUACUCUCUCCAUUAAAAUGUGGCAAGAAAUUUCAUUAUCUACAAAUUGUUCUGCAGGAUAUCAUAUCAAGGGUCAUGGCAGUCUCACAGCUGAAUUCGAAGGCCAUCUGCAUUCUUUCAGCUCUUGGGUCUGUUAGGGAAGCAGUUCUACUCCAGCCAUCUGGUGUCAUUCUAAAUCACAAGGGUCCUUUAGAAAUCAUCCGGCUUUCUGGAUCCAUUUUGACAUCUAAUGACCAUCGGUCUCUGCGUAUUACCCUUGCUUCCGUCAAUAGCUUUGUUAUCAGUGGCUCUAUAGCUGGGCCUCUCAUAGCUGAAACUCCUGUCCAGGCAAUUCUUGGAAGCUUUCACAACAGUGCAUUCUUGCCAAACAACGCACCUAGAGCAGCCAUUGCGUGUCAUCCUAACACGCAAGGUACCAUCGGAAAUGGCAGUACUCUACCCAGUGAGCGUUCCAAUCCAGUAUAUGCACCUCGUACUUCCAUGGAAUGGAAUGAAUCAAGUGAGGUUGAUGUCAAGCCCUUUGUUGGACUAGUUAAUAUAAAUCCAGAAUAUGCAUCUCAUACUUCCGUUGUACAGCGUGAAUCAUAUCAGGCACUUCUUGGAAGCUUUCACAACAAUCUGUUCUCUCCAAACAACGCACCUUGGGCAGCCAUCGGGUGUUAUCCUAACACGCAAGGUGCCACCGGAAAUGGCAGCACUCUACCCGGUGAUCGUUCCAAUCCACAAUAUGCUUCUCGCACUCCCGUGGAGCAGAACGAAUCAGAUGAGGUUGAUGUCAAGCCCUUUGUUGGGUUGCUGAAUCCAAAUCCAGAAUACGCAUCUCGUACCCCCGUGGAACGGAACGAAUCAAGCGAGAUUGAUGUCAAGCCCUUUGUUGGACUGGCUAUUCCAAAUCCAGAAUACGCACCGCGUGCUCCUGUGGAGCGGAACGAGUCAAGCUAG